CGCAGAUCACCGAGAGAAGUGAAUGGGCGGACUCCUUGCCCUUGCGUGAUCAGUAAGACACUGCAAUGCAAUUGCAUCGAACCACGCGCCUAAAUAUGCUAUUGUCCCUCCUCUCCAGUAGAUGACACUGUGGAGGCCAUUGAAGUACCCCCGGUUUUUCCUCCCUCCGCCCCAGUUCUGUUCCAACCUUCGUAAAAAAAUGGGUGUGUGUAUCUUGAAGGUUGUGUUUAGCAACGCGGAGUCUCUCGCCCGGCGUGGGAGAGGCUUGCAUCGCUGGUAAAGCUUGCAGGCAAAUCGCAGAAGGCAGACGCGGAACUGAGAGAGACACGCGCAGGCAGAAAGCAGACACUUGAGCGUUGCAGGCGUUAAACAAGCGUUUUAUCUUGACCGGACAGGGGACACCGCUCGCCUGCUUAGGUAAACUGGCUGACAACUACAGCCAGGUAAAAUCUAUCUAUCUGGAAUCUCCAACAGAUAACCUGACUGUCAGUGCGGCCGAACUCUGCCUCUUCUGGUCUGAACUCGAUGGAGACUCCUCUUCUUUCCUGACAGCACAUCCAAUUUUCCUGCGUAGCCAGUUUUCUGGCGACCGGCCGCCGAGAAGAAAUGAACAUCAGUAUAUGUUGAUAUAUGUAUGGGCUGUAUUCCAGCUAGCGAGCCAAGUAUCUCGCCGUUGACACCUUGGGCUAUAAUGAUUCGUCAUUGGCACCGGAAUUCGUGUGACUUCUGAUUCGGUGCUUAUGUUACCUGUGUUUUUUUUCUUUUCUUCAAAGUUUGGGGUCGUUAAAUUGGUGCGCACUGAUGAAGAUGAGAGGCUUGGUGAAAGUGCUUCAUCGUACAGGUCACGUCGCUAGCUAGCUACAUUCCACAUUUCCUGCUUUUGCUUACUAGCUAGCUGGAUACCUGGUGCCGGGCUCUCUCCCUGUCCGCUCGCGUACAUCCCAUUGCGGUAAAGCUAGCCAACCAGCUAGCAAGUUCUUUUUUUGGGAAAUUGGCGUUUUAAAAAAUCAUUGCCUUAGAACUGGCUGGCAAAGUUAUUUCUGUCCUGUUACAUAGUUAGCGAGCUAAGCUAAUUUGUUGUAGCUAAUAGAGGAGAGUAGUUCUCUUCACCCAAACAUAUUCCAACAUGCCCGUUCGAGCACUUCCACGGCUGGCGGUCGGCCUGAAGACGGCAUACGAGCGGGGACUAUUGCUGGUGAUAGUGAUGAUGUUAGUGGCCGGUACCGUGCUGCCCCUCGGCGCUGCGAGCUCCCCGGAGGUGAACGGCAAAGAAGCGGGCAGCCCCAAGGAUGCCCACGGGACGGAUCACGGGGGAGGCGGUCACAACAUUACCCAAAAGAACUUCCCCGUACUCGACUUCGACUUCAAGCAUGUACAGAUGCCGUUCGAAGUGUCACUAUGGGUCCUGCUGGCUUCUCUGAUGAAGCUAGGUUUCCACCUGAUCCCGCGGCUGUCGUCCAUCGUGCCGGAGAGCUGCCUGCUGAUCGUGGUGGGGCUGCUGGUGGGGGGGCUGAUCAAGGUGGUGGGGGAGAAGCCGCCGGUCCUGGACUCCCGGCUAUUCUUCCUGUGCCUGCUGCCGCCCAUCAUCCUGGACGCCGGCUACUUCCUGCCCAUCCGACCCUUCACGGAGAACGUGGGCACCAUCCUGAUGUUCGCGGUGGUGGGCACGCUGUGGAACGCCUUCUUCGUGGGCGGCCUGCUGUUCGGCGUGUGCCAGAUCGGCGGGCCCCACCUGGAGGGCGUGGGCCUGCUGCCCUGCCUGCUCUUCGGCUCCAUCAUCUCCGCCGUCGACCCUGUGGCCGUGCUGGCCGUCUUCGAGGAGAUCCACAUCAACGAGCUGCUGCACAUCCUGGUGUUCGGGGAGUCGCUGCUCAACGACGCCGUCACCGUGGUGCUGUACCACCUGUUCGAGGAGUAUGUGGGCAAGGGCUCGGUCUCCGUGCAGGACGUGUUCCUGGGCAUCAUCUCCUUCCUGGUGGUGGCGAUCGGGGGCAUCCUGGUGGGCGCCAUCUACGGCAUCCUGGCGGCCUUCACCUCCCGCUUCACCUCGCACACCCGCGUCAUCGAGCCCCUCUUCGUCUUCCUCUACAGCUACAUGGCCUACCUGUCCUCCGAGGUCUUCCACCUGUCCGGCAUCAUGGCCUUGAUUUCAUGCGGUGCAGUGAUGCGGCCCUACGUGGAGGCCAACAUAUCCCACAAGUCCCACACCACCAUCAAGUACUUCCUGAAGAUGUGGAGCAGCGUCAGCGAGACGCUCAUCUUCAUCUUCCUGGGCGUGUCCACGGUGGCCGGGCCGCACCACUGGGACUGGACCUUCGUCAUCGUCACCGUCCUCCUCUGCCUCGUCGCCCGCGUGCUGGGUGUGGUAGGAUUGACCUACUUCAUCAACAAGUUCCGCAUCGUCAAGCUCACCACGAAGGACCAGUUCAUUGUGGCGUACGGUGGCCUGCGGGGGGCGAUAGCCUUCUCUCUGGGCUACCUGCUGGACGCAGAACAGUUCCCAGAGAGAGGAAUGUUCUUGACUGCCAUCAUCACCGUAAUCUUCUUCACUGUCUUCGUACAGGGCAUGACGAUCCGGCCGCUGGUGGACCUGCUGGCUGUGAAGAAGAAACAGGAAACCAAGCGCUCCAUCAACGAGGAGAUCCACUCACAGUUCCUGGACCACCUCCUGACGGGCAUAGAAGACAUUUGCGGCCAUUAUGGACAUCACCACUGGAAGGACAAGCUGAACCGCUUCAAUAAGAAGUACAUAAAGAAGUGUCUGAUCGCGGGCGAGCGUUCCAAGGAGCCGCAGCUCAUCGCCUUCUACCACAAGAUGGAGAUGAAGCAGGCCAUCGAGCUGGUGGAGAGCGGGGGCGGGGUCAAGCUGCCCUCCAACGUGCCGUCCACAGUGUCCAUGCAGAACAUCCAGCCCAAGAAGCUGGUGCUGGAUCGGGCGCUGCCCGAGGUGUCCAAGAGCCGCGAGGAGGAGAUCCGCAACAUCCUGCGCGCCAACCUGCAGAAGACCCGGCAGCGGCUGCGCUCCUACAACAGACACACGCUGGUGGCCGAGCCGUUCGAGGACGGCCUGACUGACCUGCUCGUCAAGAAGCAGCGCGUGAAGGAGAUGGAGAAGAGGCUGACCCGGAUGAAUAACUACCUGACCGUUCCGGCCGCGCCCCCGGACUCCCCCACCAUGAACAGGUCCAGGCUGGCAUCAGACCCCCAGUCGUACAGCAGUAAGCCUCUGAAGGCCUCUGAAGACGUCCCCACCAUCCAGGUGGACCUGGCCUCGCCCCAGUCCCCCGACUCGCUCAAGCUGGAGGACGAGCUGGCCAAGAAGGCGGGGCGGAAGGACCCGCCAGAGGACCGGGGCCUGGUGAUGAAGGUUCCCUCCUCAUCCUCGGGCCCGAAGAAGGACGAGGACCAGAACGGCGGGAAGGACCAGCGGCUGAUGCGUUGCCUUAGCGACCCGGGACCCAGCGCUGACGAGGAGGACGAGGACGAGCCCUUCUUACCUUAAACAAGCCCCGCCCACGAGGGGGAGGGGGAGGGGGGGGCGGAGUCAGGGGCGAUGGGGUGGGGGGGAGGAAUGGGGAAAAGGACCGCCCCCUUUUUCAUACGCAGUUAGUCCCCCUUUGGGUCGAAAAGUAAAAAUUGCAACAAGCCAAACUUUGUGAAAGGACGAAGCAACGAAGGAACCAAAACAAUAACAAACAAAAAAAAACAGGAAGCGAAAUAAGCCAUUUAUUUAUCGUUGACAUUUUGUUCCUUUUGUGCGUUCUUUUUUUGUGCGUUUGUUUUUAAGCUUCAUGAAUCUGUCCACGCCUUUCACGUGCGGAUUUGGGAUUUGGCAGACAGAGCGGGGAAGAUGGUAGAAGUGGUGAGUGAACAGAACUAUGCGUUGCCAAAGGACUGGACUCUUAGUCGACGACGAUGUUCCGGGUUUAGUUUGUGUUUCUCUUCCAAAGCCUUUGUCUUUAUUUGUUUGGAUUUUUUUUGUGCCUGACAUUUUGUUGUUUAUUUUUGGCAAUCAUUUUGUGUUUGUUCAGAAUCAUUUUAGUGUUUUUCUACGGUUUUUCCUUGCCGGUGGAGGUGGGAGGGGAGGGUGGUACAACGUUCUUUUUUUCACAAGGUGCUCUUUUUCUUUCAAGUGCAAAUGGGCAAUCCUCCUGUUUUGUUCGCCCUGCAAGAGUUUUACAGCAAUCUCUCUCUCUCCCUCUCUUUCUCUCUGUCUCUCUCAGUCACACACACACUUACACACACAUUUUCUCUCUCUCACACACACACACACACACACACACAUGCUAGCAGUACAUUGCAGAGGUGCGGUUGGGGGGCUCAGCGGGCUGAAUUUGGCAGCUCUGGCCCCGCCCCCCUCUCCCUCUCUCAUACCCUCUUUAAUCACUCCACAGCUCUGGUGCUUCUUGACAGAGGAAACAGGAAGCAUAGUUAGACUCCGCCCCUCGCUCAGCAUGCGGUCUGUGUGUUCAGACCUCAGCACGACCGUUUUUAAACUCACUCCCCGCCCCUCCUAGGAAACGCGAACAAGGCAGGAGGAUCGACCCAAAAGCCUCUUCUUCUUAAUCCAAAAGUUUCUUCUUCUCUUUUCUGCUUUGUGAAUAUACCAAAAACCGUAACGCAGUUGAUCCUGACCGUCCGCCAUCGAGACGUUCGCACCGCUGCCCGCUCUGUGGGUUUGAUGGUCCUGCUAGCAGGCAGUGGCGGCCUCCCGUUGGAACGUUGCACCUUCACUCCUCCCCCUCACCAGGGGGCGCUGUAGUCGUUUCAUUGGAGCGCAAGCCUUAUGAUUUGUUUGGGCAGGGGUGGGGACGGGGAUGGGGAUGGGGGGAUGGUCAACAUCAAUCCCCCUUGUCAGUUUUUCAGUUAUUAGGGCCCAUUUUAAAACAUUAGCUUUAUGUUUUUCCUCCUCAAAGAUGAGCAGCGGACUGCGUUUGCUCCUGGUUCUUCGUGCGUUUAUAUUCCCCCCUGGUCUCGUACCGCUGAGGCCGGCCAUUUUCAACCUUUAAUCUUCAGUGACGUCAGCGACUAUUCUGCAGACGGCCUGAUUUUGCUCCGUUUAUUUUUCGUUUUUUUUAUAGCCAGUAAGGGGAAGACGUCGGCUGACUGUACAUUUUUCACAUCAGAUGACAUUACAGUAAACUCCUGCAUGGGACCUCUGUGGGGCCCAACUGGGGCUUCAAUGGGGUCUCAAUGGGGCCUCAACGGUGAUGCAAAAAAAACGUACAUAUUUAAAAAAACGAUAUGCAUUUUUACAUGCUGUGAACAGACAAUCAAUCGCAUGCAGCAAGGGGAGGCGAGGUGGUCCUUAAAGUGCAAGUACGGGCACACGGUCACAUAAACAGACUCGUGUAAAAGUUGGCCUUGCAACAGGCUGUCAGUCUCCACUGGAAUUUGACUCUGGCAUUUGAAUGAGGCCGUCGGGUUGAUCCGCUAGGUCUCAGAUAUUCGGGAGUUUACUGUGUUUUUUAUUUCUUAUUUUUUUGUGCUUCGUUACAAAGGCCAGUCGAAGGUGGAACACGAUGGACGCGAUACCACAGCUGGGGCAGCCAUGCAAUAUUUACUAUGCAGUAUACAGUUGCUUGUGUAGAUAUGUACAUACAGGCCGUGCGAAUACGAUUCCCUUUAACGGCAUGACGUGUUUCUGUCAACAGGGGGCGCUGGGUUGCGGUUUUCUCUGCUUCAGCCCAAUGGGGGGGGGGCAUUAACACGUAGUUACUGGGUGUGUUCCAGGUGCUUAUUUACACCCCAAGAAUGACAAGCAAAAACAAAACUUUUCUUUGUUUGCACAUAAAGGUGGUGUUUCACCUUUUGGUUGAAGGACAGAGACUGUAAUGCCUUUUAUGUGUCUGCUUGUGUGCAGUAUCAGGCCAGUCGUCUUCAUGCCGCAGUCAGGCACCUGUCAUGUAAAACUGGGAAGUCACAGGUAUUGCUGCAGGGGAGAGAUCUCUGUUAUGUGGACAAACCAAAUCUGUUCAGCAAAUACAAAAAAAGAACCGAAACAAAUGUACAUAUUAGGAUUGUUGGUAUCUUAUAUUGUUGUCAUAUCACCCAAAAAUGACCCAAAAUUAUUAUUAUUAUUAUUAUUAUUUUGCUGGUUUCCAAAGCCAGAGGCUCAUUUGAGUCCUGUAGAAAGACUCUUGGCAUCCAGUCUCUGAAAAUUAGAGUGCAGGCUCUACGGAGCGCAUCUCCCAGUCACCAUGGUUACCUGAAAUUCGGUGUGCGCCCUUCCGUGUCUCUUAAGCUGGCUUUGGGAUGAAGUCCUAAAUGGGUAGCGGGGAGUUUAUGUGAAGAAGGGGCGGGAGGCGUGUGUCUCUCUUGUGAAAAACCAGACGAGUUGAGAACUCUGACCUGCUGCCUCCACCGAGUUGGUGUAGGCAACAUAACAGUAGUCCCCUCAGGGGUGGAGGCAGGUGAACCUGCAGUAGGCCCCUCAGGGUUGGAGGCAGGUGAACCUGCAGUAGGCCCCUCUGGGGUGGAGACAGUAGAACCUGCAGUAGGCCCCUCUGGGGUGGAGGCAGCAGAACCUGCAGUAGGCCCCUCUGGGGUGGAGGCAGUAGAAUCUGCAGUAGGGCCCUCUGGGGUGGAGGCAGUAGAACCUGCAGUAGGUCCCUCAGGAGUUGGUGGAGGCAGCAGAACCUGCAGUAGGCCCCUCUGGGGUGGAGGCAGCAGAACCUGCAGUAGGCCCCUCAGGAGUUGGUGGAGGCAGCAGAACCUGCAGUAGGCCCCUCAGGGGUGGAUGGAGACAGCAGAACCUGCAGUAAACCCCUCAGGGGUGAAGGCAGCAGAACCUGCAGUAGGCCCCUCAGGAGUUGGUGGAGGCAGCAGAACCUGCAGUAGGCCCCUCUGGGGUGGAGGCAACAGAACCUGCAGUACGCCCCUCUGGGGUGGAGGCAACAGAACCUGCAGUACGCCCCUCUGGGGUGGAGGCAACAGAACCUGCAGUACGCCCCUCUGGGGUGGAGGCAACAGAACCUGCAGUACGCCCCUCUGGGGUGGAGGCAGCAGAACUUGCAGUAGGCCCCACGGCUCUCCGCGGACGAGGGUCACCCCAGGAGCUCAGGACUUGAGGUGUAAAGACGUCAGAGUGAGCCUCGUCCUUCGCCUCUCGCCGCUGAGAGAGCGAUGGCGUUUCAGGCCCCGGGGGAGGGGCAGUGGGCCGUCCUCCUUUCCCUUCCCCCCCCCCCCCCCCCCCCGCCUCUCCGGUUGCCACUGGUGACGCCGCUUGGGCAGGGGGGGCAGGGUUUCGCCAUCGCCGCCUCUCCCCUCACUCAUGAACCGAGUCCCUCUUUUAGCAGGACAACCUGCCCUCCCAUGGGUAGGUAGGAGAGGGGGGGGGAAGGGGGAUGAAGGCCGAAAUUAAUUUAGCCCCCCCCCCCCCAACGCCCACACCCAUCAGAGGUACAUAUCACAUUACGCACCAGGAUGUGAGUGCUGCGUGGCCAGACACUUGUAUAGCGGGCGUUGCCAGGGAGACGGCGAAAGGCGAUACCAGUUUAAAGGGCCAUUAUGCAAGCGUCUGCACGGGCUCACGACCCGCCCUCUCCGUCCGUCCCUGCGUCGCGUGCUCCCUUUGUCCCGAGCGAGCUCAUUCGUCACCGCACCACGCCGCCUUCUUUUUUUGGGGGGCGGUUUUGGUUUUGCACCUGCGUGCCCGUGACAUGGGCACAGCUGACGGGUUUCAGCAGGAGGACGAAAAAAAGGAGCAAAAAAAAAAAAAGCCUCAAACUGCAGGCGCAGGUAGCCUUAGAAACACGGCCCUGGCAACGGUCGCCAGGCACCUUUUGUGUCCCUUCGACGUGGAGGCGAAUCUCUUCGAAGCCACUUUUUUGAUUUGUUAUUUUUUUUUAAAUAUCAGGCCUUUGAUUUGUUUGCCUUUCCCGGAACACCGCGUGUGUCCCGGGUGUCUGAGAGAUGGUAAAUACUUUAUCUGUCUCUCUGUGUUCGUCACGGUUACGUAAUCAAACGCUCCCGCCUCAAUUUAUGUCCUGGUGUGGAAAGUGGGAAGUAUUUCAUAAUGAACUCUUGGGGGGGGGGGGGGGGGGGGCGGGGGGGAGGCUGUAGAGACAGACGAUGGCUCUCGCAAGGUCAGAAACAUAUCGCUCAGCAUAUCCAACCAAAUACUUUCCCUGAGUUUUUUUUUUGUUUUGUUUUUUUCGUUGUUUUUGAUUUUGUUUUCUUUUGGAUAUCGAACCCUUGGUUGUGUCUUUUCUUUAUGCCUUAUAUACUCUGUGCGGUUCUCAUGUUUCUGCACUCCUAACGCCCAGUCCGGCACUGAGGCCGUGCUCGCUCGGUGUUGAGCGCGGUGUUCAGGACCCCGCGGCGUUAGUGCUGUGUUUACUCGCGUUAGGUAUUAGCUCACUGUAGAACGGGUACGGGUAGAAGACUGUACAGGAUGUUAAGCAAAAAAAACAAAACAAAAAACGGUUUACAUGCACAUGUCGCAACAUUGAGUAUGCAUUUCCGCUUAUUCUGCAUCCAUGUAAACUAUUUAAGGCAUUUUUUUUUUCCCUUCCUGUUUAUUUUAUUUUUCUUUUUUUAACUGUGUGUGUGUUUGACGGCAGAGUUCCCGCAGUUUAGGAAAGUGGUGAAUUAUGUUUUAAUCACGCUGGCCUCCAGGGGGAGCCGUUUCUCAUUUUCUGUUGUGUCUCGUGAGAACACUGGGCCUUCACCUCUUCACGGCGGAACCGGGCCAUUGUUGGGUCGCCGGUUCUGCCUACUCCACGUGCUUUAUGGGUUCUCAUUACCUCUCCGGGCCCUACCGGACUCGGGACCAUCCAGCGAGCUUUAUUUACUUUAUUUACACCUGCAGUUGUGGAGUUUACUGUAUGUUCAGAUGCCUUUACUUUUUUAAAAAAUUUUUUUUUACACAGCCUACUGAAAGGAGUGGGAGCAGACUAAGGUUCAAAUAUUUAAAUAAACUGUAGCAUGCAUGUGGAAGGUACUUUGGAGAUGAGGAAAAAAAAUAGACCUUACUCUGAUCUUUGAAACCUUGAACUUAUUUAAACAUAAAAAAAUGUACUUUUUCGAAAAUGAAAUAGUUCGCAUUUCCAAAGAGACUCGGCAUUUGGACAGCCUGUCAGAACAGGUAAAUAAACAUGAAUGAAGGUGAAAGGUCUUUAUUUCACCCGGGGCAUGUCUGGUUCAAUUUUUUUUUCAAGAUUUUUUUAUUAUAAACAUUUGGCUCAUUUCUUUCCUGAUGCCUGUCCAGCAGCUGUGCUGGGUACUGACACUGCAGUUAUAAGUGAGGGUGAAGAUGUCCUCAUAGCUUAGCGUCACAGCCACUGUCCGUCACUGUUGCUACGGAGACUGGGUCAUCUUUAAAGAUGGCCUCAUGCUUAAUGGAGAAGAACUACAACAGACCUGCUGAUGCAGUUUAAUAUGCUACUGCCCCACCACCCUAAAAAUAGUGUGUUUUCUCUCUCUCUCUCUCUCUCACUCACUCUCUGUCUCUCCAUCUGCCUCUUUCCCUCUGUCUCUUCAUCUCUCUCUCUCCCUCUGUCUCUCCAUCUUUCUCUCUCUGUCUCUGUCCUGUCAGUGCCCCAUUAUGUGAACAAACCUGGCACUUUAAAUAUAUUUUUAAAAUGACCUUUAACUCUCUAAAACACUACUGUUAAAGAUUAAGCAAUAAUUAGCUUUUUGGCUGUAUAUUGGUAAACGGGAAAAAAAUUAUAAAUGUGUGUGUAAAUAUCGGCUUCGCUGCGUUACAUGCAAAUCUGGCAACCCAAGUCUGCCCCCAAACAGACAGACAGACAGACAGACAGGUGAGAGAAGUGCAGCAGUGCAUCUUGACUAAUGGGAUAGUGCUCUUCGCUCUGUCCCUUCUGGGGCUGAGGAAUAUGCCACACCCUUCCUGUGCUCUGAUUGGCCGAGUUGAGAUUCUCAGCACCAUGGAGGGGAGAGAGAUCCCCCCAGCUUCUCACCCCACCCUGCUGUGUCUGGAAUUAGACUGGGACACCCCACCCCCACCCCCCCACCUCCUUUAUCCAACUGCCGAAAAAAACUGUGCUUUACUUUUCUUUUCUCCUCAAUCAAUGCCCUCGUUAAUCCACUGUUCUCUGGCAAUGUGCAAAAGUAGACUUUGCAAUAAUUAAAAAAAGAUUUUAUUUUGUAUACUAUGAAUAUGAAUAAAUAUGUAUGUAUACAUUUCAAGAUGAUAUAUAUUAAAUCUUAACAUCUUAUGAAUUGGAUUGGUCUGUGUGUCAUGGAAAUAAACCACUACGACUAGCAAGUGCACCAUCGUGUUGACUUAGCUAUAGCCUUUAGCAUUCCAUUCUCGUGUUUUGAAAAACUGUUGUACUGUAAUGGUCAAAAGGAAAUAUACCAAAUUAAAGUUUUAAUUUAUAAAAAUCA